AUUAUAAUUUUUUGCAUUUAAAUUUAUUUAUUUUUUAUUCUGUUUUCAACUAUAUGUGAGGCAGAAAGACCCCGUCAAAGUGCGGGAUAACUGUCCCCGGAACGAAGAUUUCACACUCCUUGUUUCAGCCCUACAGAUCAAGGAGACGCACUCGUGCCCGCCGUUACCUUGGUAACAACAUUACGUGAAGUCCCGAGAGCGCUUCACUGAUAACAUGGACAUCCAGGAAAUAAAUGUUGCCUCCUGUCGUUCACGUGAUGCUCACAGUUGUGUAGAGAACAUCGUAGAAAUGACGGAUGCAGAGGAGGAAGUAUUGGUUAUUUCCAGUUCCACGGAUGCUGCAUUUGAUUCAGUUAUUGGCUGCAUAGAGGACAUCAUCAUGGAGGAGGAGUUUCAGCAGCUUCAGCAAACCUUCAUGGAGAAAUAUUACCAGGAGUUUGACGACUCCGAUGAGAACAAACUCAGCUACACACCCAUCUUUAAAGAAUAUGUGGACCUGCUGGAGAAACAUCUGGAGCGCCAGCUAGUGGAGAGGAUUCCUGGUUUCCAUAUGAACACCUUCAUCGAGUUGCUCAUGCGGCACAAAGAGGAGACUGACGGCGACAUCUUCGACAUGUUGCUGACGUUCACAGACUUCAUGGCCUUCAAGGAGAUGUUUCUGGAAUACAGAGCAGAAAAAGAAGGUCGAGGUCUGGACGAUAACGGGCUACUGGUCACACCCCUGAAUUCCGCAGACUUUAAACACAAUAAACCCCAGUGACGUUUUCAAAAUCAAAAAGUCGAAACACGUGACUUGCCUCCUUCCACCUGGUGUAAGAAUGUACCCAUCUUCAAACGUCAUAAAGGUGUUAGCUUGUGGUGAGUGUCUUUUGUCAUUUUUAUCUCUGGCAGACAGCGAGACCUCAGGAAGGUUUUUCUCUUUUGCCUUUUUCUUGUUUAUUUUUUUUUCUUUUCCAAACCACUGCACUGGACGAACAUUUAAUAAAUAUGCACCUUUUUAAAAAGUGAGCUAUGGUUUGCAGUUUGAAGUCUUAACUUUACAGUUACUCAUUAAAGACAAUUUAAUUUUUUUUAAAUAUACUAUAAAUUUAUCUAGAUAGUCUUAGACCAAAUGUAAUUUUCAUCAGUACUAUUU